AUGGAGUUGCCAAGGUUUGUGUUGUUCAAAUCACUCAAGGACAACAAAUACUUAGGCCGCACAAGUGAUGGUUACGCCAGUUUCGUCAGGGUGGACGAUUUGAGCCCGGAUGUAAAGCACGAAGUAGUGAUGGCAAAGUGUGGAGGUGGACUUGUCCACAUAAGACAUUGUCAAACCGGCAAAUACUUGAGAAGGUAUCUUGACUCUGAUGGGGUAACCACCACUUAUAUUUGUGGGGCGGCUGAUGAACCCGAGGAAGACAAAUCCAAAUGGUCCUGUACGUUGUUUAAGCCCUCCCCCUAUACCAAAGAUGGUGUUAAUGUCGUCCUAUUAAUACACUUGUGUCAUGGGGAUUGCUCAUUCGUAUUCCAGGUUGGUGACAACUUUAAAUCGGGAGGAAAUUUACAAAAAAAAUACUCAGAUAUGAAGUAUUUCAUUGUAGUCGAUUGGGUAUCGUUGUUGAACAAAUAUCUCAAAGAUGCUGCCAUUGGGGAAAUGAAAAUGAGGACGUUGCCAAGGUUUGUAGUGUUCAAAUCAGCGCAUAACAACAAAUACUUGUGUUGUGAUGAGUAUGAUCCAAACGGCCCAAACCUUCUCAGAUUCAUCAAAGAAGAUGCUAUGAGCCAAAACUCAAAGCACGAAGUCAUGAUGGCGAAGCGUGGAGAUGGAUUGGUCCACAUAAGGUGUUGUAGCACCGGCAAAUACUGGAGAAGGCUUUCGGAGGAUAAUAGUUGGAUUGCUGCAAAAGCUGACGAACCAGAGGAAGACUUAUCCAAAUGGUCGUGUACCUUGUUCUGGCCAUGCUAUGAUUCCAAGGAGGAUGAUAAUAGUGUUCAAUUAGAACACUCCCAGCUUGGGGAAAACACAAGAUUAUUCGAAAGCUGCUUAACCGCAAGAAAAUCAACACACACCACCACCAAAGAAGUGGGCCUAAUUGCAGUCAAUUGGGAAUCGUUAUAG